ACAACAAUAAAAAGGAAAUAAAGAACCAAACAAAUAAAGCAGCACACUUGAGCCAACAGAACAUGGCAACGCAAAUGGCGGCAGCAGCAGUAGUUUCAUCUUCUAUUGUCUCCACAACCCCCAAAAUCACAGCAUCAACAUACACCUCUCUCCUCCUUUCCAAAGCCCAUCACCAUUGCCGCCUCGCGUUCAAUCCAAUCUUAAAACCCUCCCCACUCCGCCUCACGUUCCUCCCCAAUAAACCCAGAUCCACCCUCCCCCUCCGCCGCACCAAUGCCACCGCACCUCAAACUCGAUGCCUCUUCACCGGCAUCGUUGAAGAAUUGGGAACCGUCAAGCAACUCGGUAAGGCCCCACACGGUGGCUUCGACAUGGUAAUUGCGGCCAAGACCGUUCUUGAGGGCGUUAACUUCGGCGACAGCAUCGCUGUUAACGGAACCUGCCUCACCGUAACGGAGUUCGACGCCAACACGUUCACCGUUGGCUUGUCACCAGAGACUCUGAGGAAGACCUCGCUGGAGGAGCUGCAAAGCGGGUCGCUGGUCAACCUGGAGCGGGCGUUGACCCCUACGAGCCGCAUGGGCGGACACUUCGUCCAAGGUCACGUGGAUGGCACGGGUAUCAUACUCUCGAAGGUUUCUGAAGGUGAUUCGCUUUGGAUCAAGGUAAAGGCUGAGAAGGAGUUGCUGAAGUAUGUGGUGCCAAAGGGAUUUAUUGCAGUGGAUGGGACGAGUUUGACGGUGGUGGAUGUGAAUGAUGGAGAAGGAUGGUUCAAUUUCAUGCUUGUGGCAUACACGCAGCAGAAGGUGGUUAUUCCAUUGAAGGAAGUUGGCCAGAAAGUGAACCUGGAGGCUGACAUUCUUGGGAAGCAAGUGGAGAGGCUACUUAGUGGAUACAUUAGCAUUAGGAGCUCUUGAUGCAACUCCCGAAAAGGUAACAAUGCUAAUGCCACUCUGCUUUGUGCUAAGAGUGUCUUGUUUUUCUAUAAUGAAUAGCUAAGAAAUUUGGAUACAUUGGUGGAAAAAACGUUAGACCCUCAAAGAGUAUGCUUGGAAAAUUUUUUUCCCCUUUUUAUAAUACUCUAUAGGCAAAAGGAGUAUUUUUGCACUACCAAUUCAGUUUUGUAAGUCAUUCGUAUUACUUUCUAUUUCCUAAUUGCUAUUGAUGUUGGUACACUUGUAAUGCUAAAGAGCAAGGGAGGGCAUCUAAAUUUCUUUUAGUGAAACGAUGUUUUCUUUAGUUCUUAGUGUGAUUGUUUGCGCUAUUGUGCUGGAAGGAAAUGAAAUUAUCUUGUUUGUUGUUGAAUGCUGAAUAUUUUCAUUCGGUUGUUUUGGCAAAGUCAGGG